AUGCCUUCAGAGCGAGGGAACACAACCGCACAAAUACCCAGUGCCCUGUACAGCAGUACACCUUGUGCUGUGAGAAACGUGCCAGGCGACGGCGUUUGGAACUUCCUCGAAGUUGCCGGAAGAAGUACCCGUCCCGGGAGUUUUACCAUGGGAUCUCCACGCUUUGGCGACAUCGAUGUGGGAAUGGCUAUGACCGCCAUCCUGGCGUGCAUGGCGUCAACGCUCGGUGCCCUUCUCUUGACCCUCACACCGAAGGACUCUAAACGGGGGGGAUCCACGUGGCUAGCGUGCGCCAAAACCAACCCCGCGAAGAGAGCGUGGGAGGUGUUCAACCUGCGCUACGCGGUGUUCUGGGUGGGGUGCUUUGCGGCCAUCAUCGGCUUCAGCCUCUACGAAGAUUUUGAUGAAGUGUCAUACAUGGUGGUUUGCUUCGGCCUGUCCCUGCCCAUCGUGGCCUUCCCCCUCGUCAGCAUGCACCCGUCAGAGGCGGGGCUGGCCGUCGGGCAGCGUUACGGGGUGCGGGCCAAUGUUUGGAUAGCGAUCUACAGUUUCAUCGGAAACUACUGGUACACGCACUACUUCUACUGCGUGCUAGGCGCUAAGUACACCUUCCCUAGCUGGCGGUUGAACGACGUGCCGAUACCGUUGAUCGCUGCGACGGUGUUCUACUUCUCUCUCUACCAUGCCCUCAGCAACAUGGCCAUCCGCAAGGUCGUCACGUCCUUUGAGGCUACCACGUCGCGGGCGGUGACGCUGGUGGUACUGGUGGGCGUGAUGUCCUACGCGGUGGCCUUCACGGAGACCCUCACUAUCUCCGGGUUCCCGUACUACGAGUUCGAGGACAGAGACAUGGCGUACGUCGUGGGAUCGGCGUUCUACGGGAUAUACUUCGUCGUCAGUUUUCCAAUGUUCUACGCGUUCGACGAGUGGCCACAAGAAGACGAGAACAAGCUGGCGGACAGGAAGGCCGGGAAUUCCGCGCGGGGGCUAUGGGGUGCGGCGGUAGACUCCCUCGGAGCGAGCAUGCUCAUCCUUUGCCUUCUGGACUUCGUCCGCUUAGCCGUAGGGUCGGAAUUCUUCAUGAAAGGAUGACUUAUGCCUGCCCGAAAGCACGGCAGCUCAAAGAGCGAAGAAAAAGUGGUCAAACCUGUCUUGUUGCGCAGGGGAGAUGUCAUUACAUGCUGCUCGGGUAAUCGUAGAAACACGGGCAGUGUGUCCGCGUACACUACAAGUAUGAAUCCAUUGCUAGUUUAUCUCGGACCCUCAUCUCCUGGAUAGGGGUCAA